CGGAGAACAGAAAAACUACAAAUUAUUAUUAUUAAAUAUAUAAGGUUUUAUUAAAAUUUCAUUGUUAAAACAUGGCUGGAGAAGUUACUGUGGAUGCUUUACCAUAUAUUGAUCAGGGCUACGAUGAUCCAGGUGUUAGAGAAUCCGCAUUGGCCAUGGUAGAAGAGGAAUGUCGUCGCUACAGACCAACCAAAAACUAUUUAGAACAUUUAUCUCCCCUUAGCUCAGCCGCAUUCGAGACAAAACUCAUGGCUCAAGAAUUUGAACGCAUACAGAAUCGUGUACCCAUGGAAACACUCAGUAUGAAACGUUACGAAUUACCACCACCAGCAGCUGGGCGUUUAUCAGAAGUCUCUGCUUGGGAAGAAUCCAUAGACAAUUCAAAAGCUCAACUAGAACAUCAAUGGGUAAGGACAAUGAAUUUAGAACUUAUGCUCGACUAUGGUAUUGAGGCUUGGAAAGCCUAUCUAGAGGUAUUUGUGGCUUUACAAGCUAAAGCCCAAAAUCAGCUGCAGGCUUUGAAAAAAGAAAUACAAGAUGUUAACUGGCAAAGAAAACAGGCUCAAACUCAGGCUGGUGAAAAGUUGCGCACACUCGAAGCCAAUUGGGUAUUGUUAGUAUCGAAAAAUUAUGAAAUCGAGCAACAAUGCGUCGAAUUGGAAAAACAAAUACACACACUACGCGCGCACAUAGCUGAGAAUGAAAAGGCCAAAGAGAUUGAACAAGAACAAACCGAACAGAUUAAUGGCCAUGCUGAUGAUAAUGGCGAAGAGGAAAAUAAUAGUAAUAGCUCUGAAAAUAAUUCCGGAAAUAACGACGACACUCCAGAAGAAGAAAAGGAAACUCAGCAGCACGAAGAGGACGAAGACCAAGAAAUGAGAUCAGUGGAGACUUAAUUAAAAAUAUUUAGGAUUUAUAGAUUAAUUUAAUAUUGCUAAAAUAUAAAUUUAAGAACUGAA